AUGGAGCAAAUCAAAACAGAGAUUAUUUUGAGCUCGCCAGAAACCGUUCCAGAAGGUUGGGAAAAACGCACUAGCCGGUCCACAGGAAUGACCUACUAUCUGAACAUCUACACCAAAGAAUCGCAAUGGUCGAAUCCCACGUCGCCGGCUGAACCGGCGAACUCCAAUGAACCUUCGGAAGUUCAGUGCGCGCAUCUGCUAGUGAAGCACAAGCAAUCGAGGCGGCCUAGCUCGUGGCGAGAAGAGGACAUUACCCGUAGCAAGGACGAGGCGAUCGAAAUCCUAGAGUGCUAUCGCAAAAAGAUCCAGUCCAACGAAGCCACUCUGCAGGAACUUGCUCAACGAUUCUCGGAUUGUAGCUCAGCGAAGCGGGGCGAGGAUUUGGGCAAGUUUAAGCGCGGUAUGAUGCAGAAACCGUUUGAAGAGGCCGCAUUUGCCCUAAAAGUGGGUGAUAUGUCCACUAUAUUAAUUAUAUAUAAAAAUAUUUGA